AUGGGUGGAGUCACACUGGUCAAGGAGUGCCUCUUUCUGUUCUCAUUAGGUGCUCACUGCACCAGCGUCAGUUUCAACGUCACCGUCAGCGUUAACGUCAGGGUCGGCGUCAGCGUCGGCGUCAGCGUCGGAGUCGGCGUCAGCGUCGGAGUCGGCGUCAGCGUCGGAGUCGGCGUCAGCGUCGGAGUCGGCGUCAGCGUCGGAGUCGGCGUCAGCGUCGGAGUCGGCGUCAGCGUCGGCGUCAGCGUCGGCGUCAGCGUCGGCGUCAGCGUCGGCGUAAGCGUCGGCGUCAGCGUCGGCGUAAGCGUCGGCGUCAGCGUCGGCGUCAGCGUCGGCGUCAGCGUCGGCGUCAGCGUCGGCGUCAGCGUUGGCGUCAGCAUCGUACUGUGA